UUAUGCUUAUAAUUUAUGUGGAAUAUAAAUUGAUGGUCAACAGUGACUGGCACAUAAUAGCUGUUCAAAUAUUUGUUGGCUAAGUCAGGGAGUGAAUGGUAUGCUUUGGCAAUUACUGACAGUAUAUAAAGGUCUCAGGGAAGCAGAAGACAUCCACACCUCAGAAGCAUCUUCUUGAAACCCAUCUCAAUCCUCUCCUCUUGACAACAUGUGUUACAACUACUAUGGCAACUCCUGUGGCUAUGGCUCCGGCCAUGGCUGUGGCUAUGGCUCUGGUUAUGGGUGCGGCUAUGGCUCCGGCUAUGACUGUGGCUAUGGAACUGGCUAUGGCUGUGGGUAUGGCUGUCGGUUUGGCUCCCGUUAUGGCUGUGGUUAUGGAACUGGCUAUGGCUGUGGAUACAGCUCUGGCUCUGGCUACUGUGGCUACCAGCCAUUUUGCUUUAGAAGAUGCUAUUCUUCCUGCUAAAACAUCACUGUCAGACGACCAUUUGCUUCUAAAAUGACACGUCUAAAGAUAAUGCUGAUUCAAGGAUUCAUACUCCAAGAUUUCUAUAUCCAAGAAUUACAUGCUUGACAGAGUUUUGGACCUCUAGCCUCACAUUUCUUUGAAUGAAAUCACGGCCAUAGGAUCCAUGGUGUCAUCUGACUGUUUUCCAAAUGUUAUCUUUUGCUCCCUUAAUCUCUGAUUCUCUGUUAUGACUGCAGAGAAUGACUGUUAAUGAUCAUAACAUCCACAGUUGGGGAAGUCAAUCUUUUGCAAUAAAAAUGGUUCUUUAUUUC